AUGCGGAGGUUUAGGGUUCAUCUCCCAUGGCAGCUCCCGGCUCCCCUCCGCUCGCAGUCCAACCGCCGCCUCUACCUCGCCCGCCGCAUCCACGCCUCCACCAACUCCGGCGCCCGACAAGGAAAAUUCCUUCUACCUGGUGCGUCCGCGGCAGCUCUUCUCAUGCUCGGUGUUCUACACGCCAAGCGGAUGUACGAUGACAACAAGCUUGCCGAACGCAAGGAGAAAGGACUCGAGCCAGAGUUUGAGCCAGACCUUAAGGCGUCGUUUCUGAGGCUUCUACCGUUGCGUUCCAUCUCGCGUUUCUGGGGAUCCUUGAUGGAAGUGGAAGUUCCAGUGUUCAUGCGUCCUGCUGUGUACAAAGGAUGGGCUAGAGCAUUUCACUCCAAUUUGCAAGAAUCUGCGCUGCCCCUAGAAGAAUAUCCUUCUUUACAGGCGUUCUUCACCCGCAGUCUCAAAGAAGGAUCAAGGCCUAUUGAUGCAGAUCCAAAUUGCCUUGUGAGUCCUGUUGAUGGUAAAGUCUUGCGGCUCGGGCAACUCAGAGGUCCAGGAGCCAUGAUCGAGCAAGUCAAAGGCUUUUCUUAUCCUGUUUCUUCUCUUCUUGGUGCUAGUUCAUCGCUUCAUGACACCAAGGAAGAAGAUGUUUCUGGAGAUCAAACAGAACAAAAUACACCUGAGGGGUCGAAUGCAAAAUCAUGGUGGCGAGUAUCUGUGGCUUCACCUAAACUACGGGAUCAAACACGGCUGAGCCCGAAGAGAGGGAUUUUUUACUGCGUCCUCUAUUUACAUCCUGGUGAUUAUCAUCGAGUUCACUCUCCUGCUGAUUGGAAUAUUUUUAAACGUCGGCAUUUCUCAGGUAAUCUUUUCCCUACAAAUGAACGUGCUGUGCGGACCAUCAGAAACCUGUAUGUCGAGAAUGAAAGGGUAGUCCUCGAAGGUCAAUGGAAGGAAGGUUUUGUUGCAAUUGCAGCAGUUGGUGCUACUAAUGUUGGCUCUGUCAAGCUACUCAUUGAACCGGAGCUGAGGACAAACAGCUCAGGCUCAGUGAUACUUCCCUCUCAGCCUUACAACGAGCGUGUUUAUGAACCAGAAGGCACCGGCGUGAUGGUUAAAAAGGGACAAGAGAUAGCAGGGUUUAACAUGGGGUCGACCGUGGUUGUCGUGUUUGAAGCGCCUCUAUCCAAGGCGAAGGAGGAUGGAACGGUCUCUUCGGAAUUCGACUUCUGCGUUAGGGCUGGCGAUAGGAUUAGGGUAGGAGAAGCCAUCGGGCGAUGGAGUCAGUCGUAGGCAUUGGUUUAGUUCCAUCGUAGGUGUAGCCUUUUCGCAGUUUGCAUUUCGUGCUGGAAUUGAUUUUGUUGUAGGGGCAUGCUGACAGUUCAGAGGUGGAAAAAGAUUUCGUGGCCUGAAUUUUUAAGGGGUAUUUUAGUGGUACUGCUGUGCGCUAUGUUUCGGAUGGUUCAGAAUAUUUAUCUGAAAGAUGAAUGAUUGAAUGCAAGAUGGUGUAUUCUUGGAUUA